UCAGGAGGAUGCUGCGGUUCCAUGAGGAAAAGGACCAUCGUGGGCGGCUACGCGUUCACCUGGUGGUUCGUCACCGACGUGCAACGGCUCUCGUUGGAGGUGAUGACCCUGAAUCCGGUGUGCGAGAGCGUGGAGACCGCGCAGGGUGUACCGCUGACGGUUACCGGGGUGGCACAGUGCAAGAUCAUGAAGGCGGACGAAUUGUUGCACACUGCCAGUGAACAGUUCCUCGGCAAGAGCGUACACGAAAUCAAAUCCACGAUCCUCUCCACCUUGGAGGGUCACCUCCGAGCCAUACUAGGAACACUCUCGGUGGAGGAGGUCUAUAAGGAUCGAGAUCAAUUCGCAGCUCUGGUGCGGGAGGUCGCCGCGCCGGAUGUCGGUCGCAUGGGCAUCGAGAUCCUCUCGUUCACGAUAAAGGACGUUUACGACGACGUUCAGUACUUGGCAUCGCUCGGCAAAGCCCAGACAGCCGCCGUUAAGAGAGACGCCGACGUGGGAGUCGCUGAAGCGAAUCGAGACGCCGGAAUUAGGGAAGCCGAAUGCGAGAAGUCGGCGAUGGACAUCAAAUACAACACCGACACCAAGAUAGAGGACAAUGCGAGACUUUAUCAGUUGCAGAAGGCUAACUUCGACCAAGAAGUGAACACAGCGAAAGCCGAGGCGCAAUUGGCUUACGAGCUUCAAGCGGCGAAGAUAAAGCAACGGAUACGAAAUGAGGAAAUACAAAUAGAAGUCGUAGAGAGGCGUAAGCAAAUCGAAGUCGAGGAACAGGAGGUUCGUCGAAAGGAGCACGAGCUUCAGAGCACGGUGCGAUUACCAGCUGAGGCCGAGUACUACAAGAUGGGCAGAGUAGCCGAAGGCAAGAGGUGA